AAUUGUGAACAUGGAGUCGCACGGAUUGAAGCUGAAUUUCUGGGAGAAUGGACCGAGACCCGGCCAGUUUUACUCAUUCCCAGGUAACAGCAGCAGCAGUACGGCUCCCGGAUGUGGACCCAUCAAGCACACACUCAAUCCCAUGGUAACGGGCACAUCAGUGCUUGGUGUGAAGUUUACUGGAGGUGUGAUCAUUGCUGCUGACAUGCUCGGCUCUUAUGGGUCACUUGCAAGGUUCCGCAACAUCUCCCGUCUGAUGAAAGUCAACAACAACACCAUCCUUGGAGCCUCAGGGGACUAUGCUGACUAUCAGUACCUCAAACAGAUUAUUGAGCAGAUGGUGAUUGAUGAAGAGCUUCUUGGUGAUGGACACACUUACACUCCCAAAGCAAUUCACUCUUGGCUCACACGAGUCAUGUACAACCGCCGCAGCAAGAUGAACCCGUUGUGGAACACAGUGGUCAUUGGUGGAUUUGAAAAUGGAGAGAGCUUUCUUGGGUACGUGGACAAGCUAGGAGUUGCCUAUGAAGCACCAUCAAUUGCAACAGGAUUCGGUGCCUAUUUGGCUCAGCCCUUGAUGAGGGAGGUUCUGGAGAACAAAGUAGAAAUUACUAAAGAUGAGGCAAGGUCACUGAUAGAGCGAUGCCUUAAAGUUCUGUACUACCGGGAUGCACGUUCCUACAACAGGCAUGAGAUCGCCAUUGUGACAGCUGAAGGAGUUGAGAUUAUUGGACCACUGUCAUCUGAAACAAACUGGGACAUCGCCCAUCUGGUCAGUGGUUUUGAAUGAAUGCUAAUCCGGUUUUGGCAGUUGAUCUACAAAUAUGCUCUUAUCUCCACCAGAUCAUUAUUGUAUUGUCAAGACUACAGUUAGAUUUGUUUCUCUCUUUUUUGUUAUACAUUAAUAAAUUUCAUAAUGUUU